AUGCCUUCGGAUAUCAGGAGCUUCUUCGGCGGCCGCGGAGUCGAAACAAAGCCUCCUCCCACCGCGGCUCCAGAUCCAAAGAAAGAAAAGGCUAGCAAAGGCACUCAGCGUGGUCGUGGUCGGAAAGUUGUCUCCGAUGACGAAGAUGAGGAGCCCGUAGACAUCAAACCCAAGAAGCCUGCCACGCCAAAAGCCAAAAAGGUCGUAAAAGAGCCGAUUGAGGAAGAAACUACAAGUUCUGCCUACUUCGCAUCAUCGAAAACGAAAAGCACGAAAUCAACUCCGGUUAAAGCCACUGCAAACGGCGCAGGCAAGACCCCCACUAAGCAAGUCAAUGGCGGAACUCCUUCCACAGGUAGAAGAUCUACGAGGAAAACUGCCGCGAAGAACUACGCAGAACCAGACGAUGAUGAUGCUGUAGUGAAGCUGCAUGAUGACGAAGAUGGUGGAGACGACAUCUUCAAUGAUCUUAAGAGUAGAAAGGUCGACGACGAUUAUGACGAAGGCUCUGAUGAGGACGAUGUCAAACCACUCAAGAAACAGUCAAAACCAGCCAAUGGGCAUAACAAAAAUCUACAGAAAAAUGAUGAUGAUGACGAUGACGACGUCGAGACUGCCCCGAUUUCCGCACACCAUGGAGCUAGUGAUGGGCGAGCGAAGAGGACCUCUGCCGUCGCUCCUUCGAGGAAACGAAAGUCUAGAGCGUCAGUGGAAGAUGAGGAGGAAGACGAUUUCUUGGAUGACGAUGACGCAACACCCAAGAAGAAGACGAAGACAACAACCACGAGUGCUGCAAGGAAACCUCGACCUGCGGCUAAGAAUGAGGAGCGGGAAGAGAGCAAGGAGAUCAAGUCAAUACUUGAUAACAUCCCUACAGUACGAGCUCCAACACCUCCACCGAGAGAUGAAAACAAGAAGUGGACCUACCAGCCUGGAGGAGGCAACGCCGGCGCUGCACCACCAGAAGCCGGAAGUGCAGAGAUCCCGGUUGGGGAGCCAAAUUGUCUGGCUGGAUUGACCUUCGUGUUCACGGGCGUUUUGCGUUCCCUCGGGCGAGAGGAGGGUCAGAGCCUCGUGAAACAAUACGGGGGUAAAGUCACGGGAGCACCAUCAAAGAAGACGAGCUAUGUGGUCAUCGGUAGCGAUGCUGGACCGAAAAAGCUCGAAACCAUCCGAAAUUUGGGCAUAAAGACCAUUGAUGAGCAAGGUCUAUUCGCUUUGAUCAAGCAACUCCCUGCAAAUGGCGGUGAUGGCAAAGCUGCCGAGGCAUACGCCGAGAAGCAGGCCAAAGAAGAAGCCAAGAUCCGCAAAGAAGCAGAAGAAAUGGAGGCGCGAGAAAAGCAGAAGCAGAAAGAGGCAGAGAAGGCAGCGAAGGCAGUUGCUGCACGGACAGGUGCUCCACCCCCAUCGGGAAAACCAAAGGUCAAAUCUGAUGAUCGGCUCUGGGUCGAUAAAUAUGCUCCUGAUUCACUCACCGGUGUCUGUGGUAACAAGUCACAAGUUGAAGGCUUGCAGAGAUGGCUGCGGAACUGGCACAGCAAUGCAAAAAGCGGGUUCAAGAAAGCAGGAGCUGAUGGCAAGGGGGUAUUCCGUGCUGCACUCCUUCACGGCCCACCUGGAGUUGGCAAGACUACCGCUGCCCACCUUGUUGCCAAACUCGAAGGGUAUGAUGUAGUCGAAAGCAAUGCCAGUGAUACCCGGAACAAGAAGCUGUUAGAGACGGCUCUGAAAGGCGUGCUGGAUACGACAUCUUUGCUUGGGUAUUUUGCUGGUGAUGGCAAGAAAGUCGACCCGACGAAGAGAAAACUCGUCUUGAUCAUGGAUGAGGUGGAUGGAAUGUCCGCAGGCGACCGAGGUGGUGUCGGUGCCCUUGCUGCUGUUGCUAAGAAGACGUCCAUCCCAAUGAUCCUCAUUUGUAACGACCGAAACCAGCCCAAAAUGAAGCCUUUCUUUCAGGUCACGGCAGAGUAUGCAUUUCGACGCCCGACGACCGAUAUGAUACGUGGAAGGAUUGCAACUAUCUUGUAUCGAGAAGGCAUGAAGUUGCCGCCGCCAGUUAUGAAUGCUUUGAUCGAGGGCUGUGGUGGUGACAUUCGACAAAUCAUCAACAUGAUCUCCACCAUCAAGCUUGACAACAAAGAUCUCGAUUUUUCCGAUACAAAGGCGAUGUCGAAGGCUUGGGAGAAGCAUGUCAUACUGAAACCUUGGGACAUUGUCAACAAAAUUCUUCGUCCACAAAUGUUCGCUGCGAGUUCAACCGCCACUUUGAACGACAAGACCGAACUGUACUUCAACGACCACGAAUUUAGUUAUCUCAUGCUCCAAGAGAACUAUCUGAAGACACAGCCGAGCCUCGCAAGUGGCUACUCUGGCAAAGAGAGGGAUUUGAAGCUCUUGGAGCUCGUUGACAAUGCGGCAUCUAGCAUCAGUGACGGAGAUCUAGUCGAUAGGAUGAUCCAUGGCACACAACAACAAUGGAGCUUGAUGCCUACUCACGCCAUUUUCAGUUUUGUCCGGCCUGCCAGCUUCAUGUACGGUAAUUUUAACCAACAGGUUGGGUUCGCAGGGUGGCUUGGACAAAACAGCAAACAAGGCAAACUAUCUCGCCUCGUCAAAGAAAUCCAAGGUCAUAUGCGACUUCGGUCUUCAGCUGAUCGCCACGAAGUUCGUCAACAAUACCUUCCGGCUCUGUGGAGUCACACUGUUGGGAAAUUGCAGCAAGGCAAAGAUAAUGUCCCAGAUGUCAUUGACUUUAUGGAUUCAUACUAUUUGACCAAGGAGGACUUCGAUGCCAUGCUCGAGCUGGGCGUGGGACCAAUGGAUAUGGAACGUGUCAAGCUCGACACACAAACCAAAGCCACUUUCACGAGAUUGUACAAUCUGCAGAGUCAUCCGAUGCCAUUUGUCAAAGCUAGCAAUGUCCUGGGUAUGGCCAAAGGCGGGGCGGGCAAGAAAGAGAAGCCAGAUCUCGAAGAGGCCGUUGACGAUUCCGACGUGGAUGAGGCUCUUGGCCCAGACGUGGACGGCCCAGACGAUGAAGAAGAUGAGCUGGAUCUGAAGAAGGACAAGUACGUCAAAGUGCCGAAGAAGAAGCCCACAGCUUCUGUAGCAAAGGGCAAAAACAAACGGAAGAAGGAUGAUGAUGACGAGGUUGACACGACAGUUGAAGAAGAGGCGCCGAAGAAGAAGAAGCCCGCUGCGGGCGGCGGCAGAGGUGGCAGAAAGAGCAAGGGCAGGGUGUGA